GCAAUCUUUACAACUGUUUCGAUGUUCUAUGACGUGGCCUAAAAAGAAAACAUAUUGAGAUUAGACUUACAUAAAUUUGGAAGUAUGUUCUUGUCACUGAGAAUAAAGUACCUAUUUGUGUAUAAUAAAUACAUGUAAUUUUGACCCUUACAAUGAAUUUUGAGCGUUUGCUUUACGCUGCAAAAAGAAAUGAGCAUUGUGUACAAAAGGAGUCCCAGAACGUGAAGUGCUACCAGACAAAGUUCGCCCCUCCAAAGAAAGAGGAGAAGAAAUGCCUGUCCGCAAACAUCCAGAAGUUCCUGGCCCGGAAGGAGGAAGAGGAGAAGAGGAAACAGACGGAUGCUUUGAAGAAAAGAGACGAACUGCUGGAGCUGCGGUCACAUGACACCAAGGCGAAGAAGCGAGUGCAGGCUAUGCUGAAGCGGACCAAGGCGGCCAACAAGUCGGUCAUCGAAGACGCUGUGGAUGAAAACAACACCGCAGUCACUCUGGGAGGACCGUCGCAGCCAGACGAGGAUGACUACGGCUAUGUGUCGCAGGAAGCCUCUGCGUUCUACAACAAGCUCAUGGAUAAGUACAGCACACUGCCACCAGAGGAGCCCAAGUUCAAGUCCACCAUGAAACACUCUGUUAAGGAUCUCAACAGCACCAAGGAUCGUGUCAGGAUGGCUCUGUUGAAGGAAGAGGAAGAGGAAAUGAUGCCUCAUAAACGGAAGCGGAAAGCAAAGGAGGAAAAGCCCGAUGAGCCGGAUGAGAAGGAAGAGUCAGAUGUAGAGGAAGAACAAGAAAGGAAACCUGAGAAGUUUGUGAAACCUAAGCGACCUGCCCCUCCCCCCAUAGACUUCUAUUCUCUUCUGAAACUUGCAGAGAAGAAGCAGUUCGAGCCCGUGAAGAUAGAACCAAAAGUCAAGGAACCGGAAGAAGACGAGCGGCCGAUGACAAAGAAACAGAGACUUGAGUAUGAACGUGAGAGGGAAUGGCGUAUGAGGAAAGAGAAGGUGGAAGCGGAGAAGGCUAAUCUAUCUAAAAGGACAGCGGAAGUAGAAAAGCCACAGCAUACAUUUGUGAGACCAGACAAAAGUGUGCAGGAGGGCAUGCUGAGACCAGCCAGUCUGAUCCAGAGGAUACCAAAAAUCAGCUCGCGAGAAAAGGAACCACGACAGGAAGAUAACAAGGAGCAAAGAGGAGUGUUAGAGCACAGGAAUAAUGGAAAAUCACAAUCACACAGCAACAAUGCCAAUAGGAAUGAUAGUUAUGAUAGAAAUAUUGUGAAAGAUGGCAAAUAUGAGGAAAGAAAUACUAGGCCUUAUAAACAUGAUGUCGACAAAUCCUACAGUAGUAGAGAAUCCAUAAAUAACAGCAAGGUAUUAAAGAAAACAAAUAGAGAUGACCGAAUGGUGGAAGAGGAAAGUAGGAGAAUGAAAAUGGAGGGAAGAGUUGAGAAUGUAAAUAGAAAUGAGAGAAAUAAUGCCUUUAGAGAAGGUAGUAGUGGGGAUGAUGAAAAGAGAAAAAUGAGAAGGGAAGGAAGAUUUGAGAAGGGAAAUAGGAAUGAGAGGAACAAUUCUUAUUCAGGAAGCAGUGCAGAGGGUGAUGGACAGCAAUCUAUGAAAAGAGAGGGAAAAUAUGAGAAGUUGAAAAGGGAUGAGAGGAGGAAUUUUUAUAGAGAAAACAGUGCGGAGGAGGAUAGACAAAGAUCUGUGAAACGGGAUGAAAGAUACGAGAAGGUAAAUAGAAAUGAGAGGAAAAAUUCGUAUAGGGAUAGCAGUGCAGAGAGUGAUGAAAAUAGUAAAAAGAAAAGAAGAGUUAGCAGCAUUGACAGUGAUGAAGAUAGAAGAAAGAAAAGAAGAAAUAGUGUAGACAGUGAUGAAGAUAGAAAAAAGAAAAUAAGAGCUAGCAGUGUAGAAAGUGAUGAAGAUAGAAGCACGAAAAGAGAGGAAAGAUUUGAGAAGGGAAAUAAGUAUGAGAGGAACAAUUCUAAUAGAGAUAGUUUAGAGAGUGAUGAAGGUAGAAAAAAUAAAAGAAGAGAUAGCAGUGUAGAAAGUGAAGAAGAGAGAAGCAAGAAAAGAGAGGGAAGAUUUAAGGAGGGGAAUAGGAAUGAGAGGACCAAUCCUUAUAGAGAUAGUAGUGCUGAGGGGGAUGAAAAGAGAAAUGUUAAAAAGGAGGGAAGAUUUGAGAAGGAGAAUAGGGAUGAGAGGAAAAAUUCUUAUAGAGGAAUCAGUGCGGAGAGUGAUGUACAAAAGUCUACGAAAAGGGAGGUAAAAUACAAUAAUGUGAAAAGGGAUGAGAGAAGAAAUUCUUAUAGAGAAAACAGUGCUGAGCAUGAAGAAAAAAUAAACAUGAAAAGGGACGGAAGAUAUGAGAAGGUGAAUAGGGAUGGCCGGAACAAUUCUUACAGAGGUAGCAGUGCUGAGAGUGAUGAAAAUAAAAAUGAGAAUAAGGAUGAAAGAAACCAUUCUUAUAGGGAUAGCAGCGUAGAGAGUGAUGAAAAAAGAAACUGGAAAAGGGAGACUAGAUUUGAGAAUGGGAAUAGGAAUGACAGGACCAAUUCUUAUAGAGAAAGCAGUGCCGAAGAUGAUGUAAAGAGAUAUGUGAAAAAGGAGGAAAGAUUUCAUAAGAUCAAUAAGGAUGAUGGAAAUAACAGGACUAUGGGUAGAAACACUCGAAAUGAAAAUAGUGGAAUUAAAAAUAGUGAAAGAAACUUUAGGGAUGAAAGGAGAGUAGAACAACAAGACAGAAAACCAGAAAAUAAAGACAAGAGGGUAGCAGUAAAAGACAACAGGGGAGGAUUUCAUGACAGGAGUGGUGAAGUCCUAGAGAAGAAAGCUAUGCAAGAGAGAAGGGAAGUCCAAGAGAGGAGAGAAGUGCAAGAGAGGAAGGGAGCUCAAGAGAGAAGAGAAGUCCAAGAGAGGAGGGAAGUCCAAGAGAGGAGAGAAGUGCAAGAGAGGAAGGCAGCUCAAGAGAGGAGGGAAGUCCAAGAAAGGAAAGGAGCUCAAGAGAGGAGGGAAGUCCAAGAGAGGAAGGAAGCUCAAGAAAGGAAGGGAGCUCAAGAGAGGAAAGAAGUCCAAGAGAGGAAGGAAGCUCAAGAAAGGAAAAGAGAGUUACAAGAGAAAAGAGGAGGAUUGCAAGAGAAGAGGGAAACCCAAGAGAGACGAGGUGAAUUGCAACAAAGGAGGGUAGAUGUGCAAGAUAAGAGGGAAGUGAAAGAGAGGAAUGAUUCACAAGAAAGGAAAGGUGAACGCUGGAAACCUGAUGAUAAAAACACAAAUAGUAAGUCUGUUGAAGAGAAUUAUAGAAAGAAGCCAAUUGAUGAUAGUAAUAAAGUUAGGGAUAGUCAGUGCUAUAAGAGUAGUUAUGGGUCUGGAGAAAACAGGAUGAGGAGGACAGAAGUAGAUGGUAAAGUGGGGAAGAAUGAUGGGAGGGAGCAGAAAGUAGCUAGAACAGGUGGGUCUCUUGAAAAACCGUCAUCCAAAGAUACAAGUGCCUUAAAUGUUAGUGACAGUAAGAAAGCUUCUAGUGCAGGAAGUGGCAACACUCCCUCAGGUUAUAGCAGAAAAAUUCAGGACAUAAUUUUAGCCAAAUACAAGGAACGUCUUGAACAGUCAGCAGCCAACAAGGUGGGUUCAGCUCCAGUGAAAGGUCAAAAUGGGCCAGUCAGGCCUGUUGAAAGGCUAGAGAAAAGUUCAGCUGGGGUUUCUUCCACAAGUAAGAGUGAUCAGUCCCGAUCAUCAUUGCCAAAGAGCACUCCCAGAAAAGACUUGCCAUCAAAACCACAAGACAAGCAGCAGCCUAGAUCUACCGUGGGAAACACAAAAUCUUCCAGUGGGCUGCAAGGACCAACUUCCCACGGCCCCUCGUUUUCGAGGUCCGAGUCUUCCAAGCCCAGAGAUGGUCCUCCACAGAAGCUUUCAAAACCACUGGAUGUGAAGGACGUGAAGAGCAGACCACCGGUUCAGAGCUCGAGAGAUCCCAAGGAAAUGAAGGGUCAACAGCCGUCAAGAGCAGAUGCACGACCAAGGCCAAAUCCACCGUCCGAUGUCAGAAGUCGGCAGUUUCCUCCCUCGGACGUCAGAAGUCGACAGUUCCCUCCAGCAGACGUCAAGAGUCGACAGUUCCCUCCCUCGGACGUCAGGAGUCGACAGUUCCCUCCGGCGGAUGUGAAGAGAAAACCACAGAAACCUGCAAAACGCCGCAUUCUGGACUCGGAUGAAGAGCACGACUCGGAACUGGACGACUUCAUAGUGGACGAGCCGGAAGAGGAGGACUACUCAUCGCUGAUAAAGCAGAUCACGGGCUACGACAGGUCCAAGUAUGCUGACAUGGAUGACGACGAUGAAUGUAUGGAGUCAAGUUUUGCUCAGCAGCUGAAAGAAGAGUUCAUCAGUACAAAGACAGGUAUCAUGGAAGACUUGGAGGACAUCCAAAAAGAGGCAGACGAGAAGAAGAGGAAGAAGAUGAUGAUGAUGAAAAAGAAGAGACUAAAGUAACAACCUGCUAAAAUUUUGUGUUCACUGAUAAGAUAUAUAAAGGUGCUUUUUUAAUCAAUAUUUAAAAAAAUAACACUAUAAGAUGUGAACUUAAAUUCAUGCAUAACAGUGAGUUUCAAUCACAGUUGUUUCAGUUACUAUUGUAAUAAGUUGUAAGUUACAUGUUUAUUAAUUCAUGAUUUUAAGCUGAACUCAAAGACCUUAUUCUAGGGGGGUCAAUUGGUGGUAGACACCGUUGUAUCAUAAGAAAUGUUGGUAUUGGAAUGAUCUGACAGUACGUGCUAACCCUAACAUGCACUUCCAUAGGUAUAUAAUUUUUGUUUUUAAUACAUGCACUAUAUUUAAUGCAAGACUGAUAUGUAUUUGAUUCAAAAGUACAAGCAUAUAUUGUGAGACUAGUAAAAUCUCUAUGUAAUUCCUGCAUACGUGCUGUUCAACUCGGAAUUCUUUACUAAGGAGUAAUCAUUUUGCUGUUGGUAUUAUCAAUAGAUAUAUCAGGUUUGUGUACUAAAAUAGCAUGUGUGUACCUCUCAAGAUUUUAUUUAUGUACAUUUCUGUAAAGAAUUUUUUUUGUUGGUAAAGUUUAUAUGAGUGUGAAUUUUGGUUAUAAAUUUCUGGUGAGAUUCCAAUGCCAGGCAUUUAUGCAGGUUUUCUGCCUUAAAGUAUUUAUUGCUCAGCAGAUUUUUUGCUUACAGAUUUUGUAAUUUAUUUGUACAGUUUCAGCAAUUAUUUUUUAAAUUGAUUUCUGUAAUUUUAGUUCAUACAUGUAUAAAGUUUAUAUAUCAAACUACUGGUCAGUUAAAAAAAAAUAUAUAUUAAUAAGAUGCAGGUGA